AUGGGAGUAAAUGUGUUAUUCGUGUACAUGAAUGAUAUUAUAGUAACAUGUAAUGAUGAGGAAGGACAAAAAUUGUUGAGCAUACACUUAGUCAAGGAAUUUGAGAUUAAGACAUUGGGAAAAUUGAAAUACUUUCUGAGAAUUGAAGUUGCCUACUACAAGAAAAGAGUUUUCAUAUCUCAACAAAAAUAUAUUACUGAUAUUUUGCAAGAGACUGGAAAAACAACAUGCAAGCUUGCAAAAAUACUAGUUGAUCCAUGUGUAAAGUUGGAAAGCGCAGAAGAUAUUGCAGUUGAUAAGAAAAUGUAUCAAAGAUUAGUUGAAAAACUUAUAUAUCUCUCACAUAUUAGACUACAUGUUUCUUUUGUUAUUAGCUUAAUUAGUCAAUUCAUUCAUCGGCCAUAG